AUGUUGUCUACAGUCACGUUAAUAACUAUAAGUUUGUUGCUCAUCAAAACAAGUCUAGCUGAUGUUCCAACCGUUCAACCACAGAAUUGUGUGUGUUAUGAUCCUAAUUAUCUUGAUAUUAAUAAUUCUACUGUUGCUUGUAAUACUAGUCACUGUAGUCGUGGGAAUAAUCCAAAUUGUAAUGCUAAUUAUCCUGAUUAUACUAUAACGAACCUUCGUGCCUUUGGUUAUUAUGGUGCUAUAGUGGCUUAUCUUGGCUGUAAUUGUCCCGGUUAUAACUAUAGUAAUUCUAGUUAUAAUAACGCUAUUGAUGGUAGUAGUAAUGAUGUAUAUUCCUACACUGAUUGCAACGGGUUUGGUGGCGACGACCACGACGACGACGUCGUUUAUUGUUGCAAUUACUGUUGUGGCCUUCUUCCUAUUUAUACUACCACCAUUGUUCCAAGUGCUGCUAAUUCACGCAAUAUUGUCUCCAUAUAUAUAUUAUUUUCUCUGAUUUUCAUGCUUAUCAGAAUGAUUGUUUUGGCACAAUCGAACCAAAACAUCAGUAUUCUAUAUCACUGA